AUGGGAUGUCUAGAUGAGACGAGGACAUUGGAAUAUGGACAGGUAUUUGUUCAAAUUUCUCGCUCUGUUAGGCAGCUCUCUAAUGAUUUCUCCCAUAUGGUUCGCACCAGCAGCUCAAACCCGAACAAUUUAAUUUUGGAGGGUGAGGUAGUUGUUGCUAAAAAUCCAUGUCUGCAUUUAGGAGAUGUGCGUGUUCUAAAGGUUGUUGAUGUGCCGGCUUUGCACCACCUGGCGGAUGUUGGGCUUUCGGAUUGUGUUGUUUUUCUGCAAAAGGGAAAAAGACCUCAUUCAAAUGAAUGUUUUGGGAGUGACUUGGAUGGAGAUUUGUACUUCGUCUGUUGGGACCUUGAUCUUAUUCCUCCCCAACAAAUUCAACCAAUGGAGUAUAUUGGAGCAAAAACUAAGCCACUUGAUCAUAAUGUUACAAUAGAGGAAGUUCAAGAGUAUUUCGUCGACUACAUACUCAACGACCGUCUAGGAAUCAUCGAUGAUGCCCACAUUGUCUUUGCAGAUAGUGAGCCCCGUAGGGCAAUGAGUUCUAAAUGUAUUAAGCUUGCAAAACUACACUCAAAAGCAUCGGCUUGGGAUCCCAUACCUACAGAUAAUGUUCCUCCAGACAAAGCUUCUCACGUUUUUCUCUAUGGUGGUGGCCAAGGCUUCAACUUCUACCCAUUUGGUGAAAUAGUCUAUGCCGACUAUAAGGAAAUUCAGCUGUUGUAUUGCUACUGGGAAUGGGCUUAUGAUGUCCAGUCCUCAUUGAGUGAAAGGCCAUGGGGUCGUCAUUGGGGCGACUUCUUCUAUCGGCUGUCUGAUGAUGUUGUUGAACCUUUGACAUUUGUCGCAGGCUUUGACAUAUGCCUAGGCAUCCUUCUGCAUAGUAGGCCAAUAGUAUCCCGCUUGAAUCAGUUUGUGUACUAA